AUGUUUACCGAACAAGCAGUCGUACAUGCAUCCCAAUCAAUGACUUCCUUAACAUUAAAUACGAACACCACACAAUCACCCAAUCAAAAUCUUAAUCAACAAAAUCAACAGCAACAAACCAAACAACAACAGCAAGACAAAUAUAACUUUCAUUAUCAUCAUCAUCACCACCACUCUCCUCAUCAUUCAUCAUCCUCUCAACAAAAUACUCCACAGCAGCAGCAUCAUUCACAUCAGCACAACCAUAAUUAUCAUCGCCAAAACAAACAAGUACAUACACUGCCCUCAUCUCUGCCAACUUCUAUGGAAUCAUCAAUUUUACGUCGGAAUUCAAUUAUAGAACAUUGUUCCUGUGGUCUUACAUUUAAAGUUGAUAAAAAUACAAAUAACAUUAUAACAUCAUCCACAUCACUGCUAACGCUCAAUACAAUAUACAACGAAAAUCCAACAUUAAUUGAUCAAAUAAACAAUCAGGGAUCCCUAACACAAUCGCAGAAUAUACUUCAGGAUGCAAAACACCAUCAGAAACAUCGACAACAGCAAUCACAACAACAUCAUCAGUCCAUUAAUAAACACAAUUAUCAUCUACAACAGCAACAACAUCAUCAUGCACAUCACUGUCAUCAUUAUAAAACUCCAACAUCAGGUGGAACAGUAACUGCUGCAACUGCUCCAGUAACGAUACCUCGUUACAAACCAUCAGAACCACCGGAAAUUCAUACUCAUGAAUAUUUCUCACAAGAAUCUCAAUCACAAGAUCACACCACAACAAUCACAAAUACGACUGCAUCAUCAGCAGCAUCUAUAAAUGCUUCUUUUACUACACCACAUUCGCAUGGUUGUCGUCACUCACAUGUUCAUGCCCAAACCGAUUUCUCAUAUGGUCAGCGAUGACAUGCUUAAGGAAUUAAAAUAGCAAAUAGUAGGAGAUGCGUAAGUAAAAAAUGAUAAAUAAACAAAUGUAUUAAAAAAAUUCUAAAAAAUAAUACAUGGUUGUUAUAAAGUAAAAAUAGUUUCAUAAAAAGGAAUACGAAAAAAGAAAAAUAUUUUGAAAUUGCAUAUGUAUAUGGUAUGUGUUUAUACAUUUGAAAAAAAUAUGAUCAUCUCUUAAUUGGAAUUUCAUUUUUAAUACAUAGUAAAUGCUGUUUGUAAUAUGUACAUUAGGCUUCGUUUCAAAAAUAAAAUGUUUCCCGUUUUUGUGAUAUCAUAAAUUUUUAGAAGGUUUUUGUAUCAGUGAAUACUAUGUUGUAAUAUUUUUUUCAAAAUUCCAACUCCUCCUUCUGCAUAUCUGAGGCUGAAACCACUGAUUUUGAGCGACAUUUUUACAGAGCAGAAACUGUAGAAUUUAUAGGAAAUCAUGCUCUAAUAAUUGAUUUUAUAGGAAAAAUCAAUAAGAAUGAGCUUAAUUUCACACUUUUAUAAUGCUUCAAAAGUGUAUUUAGUAUUAUCCAAAGAUGGACUUUUUUCAAAAAAAUAUUUAAAAAAAAUGUGUCUUUGUGCAUAAUCAAAGUAUGCUUUUUGCUGAGACAAAUGGUGCAAAAACAAAAAUUUUAUCAUUAAUCCUUUAGAUGUGAUGAGACUUUAAAUUUUCAGAUUUUAAACUUUACAACGCUAUAUUUCGAAAACCACGAAAGUUAUAAGGCCCAAAAUGUUAUAUAUGGAACAUUAAUUGGAUGGAGUUUUAUUAAAUUCAGAGAUGAUGAUGAAAAACACCAUUGUUUGAUGGGAAAUUAUUAAACCACAAGCCAACAUUAUAACCAUCAUAACUCCUAAAGGGAUUUCAAUAGAUUAAAAAUGUUAACACUAUUUUUUUAAGGGCAUUGAAUUUGAUUUUUAAUUUAAAUUGCUCUUAUGCAUUUAUAAUGCAUCUAAAUUCUGUCAAAUUAAAUUUAUAUCUUAAAUUUUCCUGUAGAAUAGUAUACUAAAGUCAGAUUUGAAAUAUGUACAGCAGUUUUCGGUCUAUAAAUAAAUGUCGCCUAAAAUCGGUAUUUUGGCCGCAGAAAUGCAGAUGAAGGAGUUGAAAUUAAAAAAAUAAUUACGCCAAUAUUAGCGCUGUUCCAAAGACUGCCAUAAAAAGUAAGAUAUCACAAUUUUAAAAAUAUUGCGUGAAGCCUAAUGUACAUAUGUCUGUUCUCGUACGCCUAAGUUUUGCAGGUGUUUUAGUCUGAAGUAAUCAGCACAAAAAAAAUUUAUUGUAAAAACUUGCAACCCAGACGAUACAGAAAUAGACAUAUAGAAAUAAAACAUUAAAAUCAUAAGAAAAUUGAAAAAAUAUUUUGCAACUAAAAGAGUUUAUAAACUAUAAUACUCAGAAAAACAGCAUGCAAGCAUUUUCAAAUAAAAUUAAAAAGGAUAAAAGAUUUUAUAGUGAUAAAUUACAAAAUUUUUCAUUACAUACAUAUGUAUAUGUAAAUUGUCUAAAUACAAUUCAAUACUCUUAAAAGAUUGACCAAAGCUAUUAUUUUAUUAUAAAAUGCCAAUUAAAAUACACAUUAGUUAUUAUCUUCCUAUAAAGCAAACCAGAAAAAAAGGUAUUCCAAUUAAAGUCAUCAUAGUCUUCGCAAAAACUCUUCACAAACAAUAGUUUUACUUUUCAUAAAAAAUGCGAAACAAUUUUAUUCAAAACUCUUAAAAGAUUGAACAGAUCUAUUUUUUAUUAUUAUGAAAUGCCAAUUAUAAAACAAAUAUUAGUUAUAAUCUACCUAUAAAGCCAACAAGAAAAACGUUAUUCCAAAUCAAGUCAUCAUAGUCUUCGCAAAAAGUCUUCACAAACAUGCGUUUACACAGUGGAAUAAAUUUCAACAGAAAUUAAAAAUAUUGUGACUAAAUUUAAAAGAAUUGUGACUAAAAUUAAAAGAGUUACUAAAUAACAAAUUAUAAACUUAUAAUUAAUUAAAAAAUAUUAACAAAAAGAACAAACAAUUUAAUCAAAAAGUUUCUAUUCCUAACAGAAGUAAGAGAAAAAAACAAUUAAUUAUCAACGGCAAAAUAUAAUCCAAUCAUUAACUAAGUAUCAAAAAUUAAAAAAAUAAAUCGAAAGUUGUGAAAUUCGUAUUGAAGAAAUAAAUUUAAAUCAAAAAAAAAAAGAAAUCUUUAAAAACUAAAAAGGAUUGUAACACCACAUUUUUUAUAUAAAAUUAUAAGUAGUUUACAAAAUAAAAAAUUAUAUAUAGAAUUUAAAAACGAAAUAUUGUGCAAUGCAGGCAUUACUUUAUAAACAUAAAAAAACUCAUGUUAAAAUAGUUUAAACAAAAUUUUUUAUUAUUCAUAAAAUUAUGUAUUGCUAAUAAAAUAAAACGAACUUUUUUUAUAUUUUUUAUUUUAGUUUCUUUGUAACUAUUUUAUAGAUUUCAUAAAAAAACAUACAUAUGAAUAUGUCAAACAAUUUAUUUUAAACUUAUAUUCUAAAACCCAAUUAUAUAUUGAUAUACCACUAGUCAGUCAAAUAUACUUGAAAAAAUAAGUGAAACAUACGAACAAAAAAAUGCAUAAUUCCAAAUAUCAUAGUUUUUACGUUUAAUUGCAAUAAAAAAAACAACAAAUAAUAUUACUUUAAUAAAGUUUAAACAAUGAAAUACAUUAUAUUAAACCUAUAUGCAUAUUAAUUAAUAUAUACACAAAAAUAAAUUCAAAUGAAAAAGUGUUCGUAAUUAGUUUUAAUGAGAAUUAAAAAAUAAAAAUAAAACAAAUUAUAAUAAAGGAAAAUAUACUAA